UGGCUCCUCUCACUCUCACGGCAGGACAACCCAAGGGCAUCAAGCAAGACAAGAUGACUCACCAUUGCACCAAGUUCUCCGGCCACUGGAAGAUCAUUGUCUUCGAUGAGGAAUGCUUCCAGGGACGCCGCCAUGAGUUCACCUCUGAGUGCUGCAAUGUGAUGGAGUUUGGCUUUGAGACCGUUCGCUCCCUCAGGGUGGAGAGUGGAGCCUGGGUGGGUUAUGAGCAUGCCUCCUAUCAGGGACAGCAGUUUGUCCUGGAGCGGGGAGAGUACCCCCAGCCUGAUGCUUUUGGAGGUAGCAAUGCCUAUCACAUUGAGAGACUGACCUCCUUCAGACCCAUUGCCUGUGCUAACCACAGAGAGUGUCGUAUGACUAUCUAUGAGCGUGAGAACUUCCUGGGCCGUAAGGGUGAGCUCAGCGACGAUUACCCCUCCCUCCAGGCCAUGGGUUGGUGCAACAAUGAAGUUGGCUCUCUAAGGAUCCAUUCUGGAGCAUUUGUCUGCUACCAGUAUCCUGGUUAUCGUGGAUACCAAUAUAUCAUGGAGUGCGAUCGUCACUGUGGGGAGUACAAACACUUCAGGGAGUUUGGCUCUCACUGCCAGACCCCUCAGAUCCAGUCCAUCCGCCGUAUUCAGCAGUAAUAACUUACACCAAACCCUUUCGAGCAUGUGACCCUUCACCUUUGACCCCUGCUGCUUGCCCGUGCUAAAUAAACUGUUUUUCUUAAACCUUA